AUGAUUAUUCAGGAAACGAAUGUCGAGAUAGGUGAAAGUGUUCGAGGUGAAGAUGUUUAUAUAAUCCAGAGUGCAUGCGGUGAGAUCAAUGACCACUUAAUGGAGUUGUUGAUCAUGAUUAACGCAUGUAAAAUUGCAUCGUCGUGUCGUGUGGCGGCCGUUAUUCCGUGUUUUCCAUACGCUAGACAAGAUAAGAAGGAUAAGUCACGUGCACCGAUAAGUGCGAAACUGGUCGCGAAUAUGUUGUCUGUAGCGGGUGCAGAUCAUAUUAUCACAAUGGAUCUACAUGCAUCUCAAAUUCAAGGUUUCUUUGAUAUUCCGGUGGACAAUCUGUAUGCCGAGCCCGCAAUUCUGAAAUAUAUCAAGGAGUCAAUUCCGAACUGGCAAAAAGCUGUUAUUGUAUCACCAGAUGCGGGCGGUGCUAAAAGAGUGACGUCGAUAGCAGAUCGUUUGAAUGUUGAUUUUGCGUUGAUUCAUAAGGAGAGAAAACGAGCGAACGAAGUGGAAAAUAUGACGUUGGUUGGUAAUGUUCACGAGAAGGUUGCUAUUUUGGUAGAUGAUAUGGCAGAUACUUGUGGUACAAUAUGUCUCGCUGCCGAUAAGUUAGUUGAAGCGGGCGCGUCGGCAGUGUAUGCGUUUUGUGUUCAUGGAAUCUUCUCGGGGCCAGCAAUUCAACGAUUAAACAAUUCUGCGUUUCAAGCGGUUGUCGUUACGAAUACGAUUCCUCAGGAGGAAAAUAUGAAAAAAUGUCCCAAAAUACAGUGUAUCGAUAUUUCGAUGAUACUCGCCGAAGCGAUUCGACGUACACAUAACGGAGAAUCAGUUUCAUAUCUCUUCUCACAUGUACCGAUGUGA